AAGGGAAGGAAUCCUUCUGUACUACUUUCUCUCUAUAAAAGCAGUAUGCCCCGCAAGGCCCUCCACCCACGCACCAACCCGGAAUUAGUGACAACCCUCCUCUCACCUGAUCAACACUGCAAAUUAAGUUCAAACUCUUCGCCAAGCAAGAAAGAAAGAAAGAAAGAAAGAUCUUUCAACCGGAGAGAGAGAGAAAGGGAGAGAGAUGAUGGAGCAAUUAGAAAUGGAGGAUAAGAGAAAGACAGCAGAGGGGGAAGCAACAGGAGGCGUGGAUGAGCAUAAAUGGGUUUAUGAUUCAUCUGUGGACUACAAAGGCAAGGUUCCUCCCAGAGCUUCUACUGGGGUUUGGAAAGCCUCCCUCUUCAUUAUCUCAAUUGAGUUUAGUGAAAGGCUGAGCUACUUCGGAAUUGCAACAAAUCUCAUCUCAUACCUCAUCAAAGUCAUACAUCAAGACCUCGAAACAGCAGCAAAGAAUGUGAAUUACUGGACAGGUGUUACCACAAUAAUGCCCCUCAUUGGGGGAUUCCUUGCAGAUGCCUACACUGGUAGAUUUUCCAUGGUUCUUCUUUCAUCAUUCAUCUAUGUCCUGGGCUUAGCUCUUUUGACUAUGUCCCAAUUCAUCCCUGCCCUAAAGCCAUGUAAUACGGACUCGUGUCACCAACCCAGGAAGGUUCAUGAAGUGGUGUUUUUCCUUGCCAUCUACUGUAUCUCUCUGGGAACUGGGGGAUAUAAGCCCUGCUUAGAAAGUUUUGGUGCUGAUCAAUUUGAUGACAAUCACCCAGAAGAAAGGAAGCAGAAGAUGUCUUACUUCAAUUGGUGGAACUUCGCCCUCUGCUGUGGGCUCUUCCUUGGUGUGACACUGAUAGUAUAUGCGCAAGAUAAUGUGGGUUGGGGAAUUGCAAGUCUCAUUCUCACAGUUGUGAUGGCCAUUACAAUAGUAAUCUUCUAUGCCGGGAGGCCAUUUUAUCGAUACAGGUUUGCCGAAGGGAGCCCCUUAAAACCCAUGUUGCAGGUUCUGGUAGCAGCCGUGAUCAAGAGAAAUGUACCCUACCCUUCUGAUCCUGCUCUAUUGUAUGAAGUUCCCAAAGCUCAAAGGUCCCAAGGAAGGCUGCUAUGCCACACAAAUAAGCUCAGGUUUCUAGACAAAGCUGCUGUAGUUGAAGAUAAAGAGAAUCCAUCAAACAAUCGCAGAAUGAGUCCAUGGAGGCUAGCCACAGUUACUCAAGUUGAGGAGCUGAAGCUUGUUCUAAACAUGAUCCCCAUAUGGUUGACUUCCUUGACAUUUGGGGUAACCGUAGCACAGGCCUCCACAUUCUUUGUGAAGCAGGGCAGCACAAUGAACCGAAAGAUCGGUGACAGUUUUGAGAUCCCUCCAGCCUCCGUUUAUGCGCUCUCUGCAGUUGGGAUGAUAAUUUCCGUCACAAUCUAUGACAAGAUCCUUGUCCCAAUGCUGCGAAAGGCCACUGGAAGUGAAAGAGGCAUCAACAUCCUCCAGAGGAUUGGCAUUGGGAUGAUAUUCUCGGUUUUGUCGAUGGCAGUCGCAGCUGUGGUCGAAAGGAAUAGGCUGAGACUUGUGGAGGAGGAGAGCAUAGGAGGAGGAAGCAUAGGCCCAACAGUGCCCAUGAGUGUGUUUUGGUUGGUUCCCCAGUUCAUGAUUCUUGGUAUAGGAGAUGGGUUUACGCUUGUUGGGCUGCAGGAGUACUUCUAUGACCAAGUUCCGGAUUCCAUGAGAAGCUUAGGAAUUGCUUUCUACCUUAGUGUGAUUGGGGUUGGGAGCUUCUUGAGCAGUUUUCUGAUCACUGUGGCAGAUCAUGUGACACAAAAGAUUGGGACUAGUUGGUUUGGGAAGGACUUGAACAAUAGUCGAUUGGACAAUUUCUAUUGGCUGUUGGCUGUAUUGAAUGGAUUGAACUUGUGUGUUUUUGUGUUCGUAGCAAGUAGAUACACUUACAAAACUGUGCAGAAAGUGGCUGUGGCUGAUUCUUACGAGGGUGAUCGGGCGGAGCAGAUGGCUUAAAGUGUUUAUUAAUUUCAAACAAGGAGGGGGAAAACAGCUUCUUGUUUUAUUCUCAUGUGUUCUUAGAUUUCAUAAUACAUGUCUUGUUAUAAUUAUUAUUAUCAAUCAUUGUAUAGUCUUUAGGUCUUUUUCUUCUUCCACCUCUAGUGAAAUUUAGAAAAAAUCUGUGUAGCAGGGUUGUUUUUUGUAGGAUGGAGCCGUAUUUGAAAUUUACAAGUUUUAAUUUUUAAUAAUUUUUU